AUGCUGUCUCCGUCGUUCGCUCGCGGUAAAUCUAAAUCUGCAUGGUCCAAAAAGGACGAUGUUCGCUUGUGCCGCUCCUUUGUGCUCGCCACACAGGGCGGCGAGGGCACUGAGCAGGUCAAACACAUGUGGACUCGCGUGCAAACGCACUAUGCGGCGCUGGCCGCAGAAGAGAACCCUGUAGCUGUGCCACGAGCUGGGGGCGCGCUUCAGACCCAUUGGUCGUCCUUCAUUCGACCGGAAACAUCUUUUUUCAUGUCGCUUCUUCUAAAGGUGGAGUCAGAAAAACACGACGGUUGGAAAAAAGAAGAUUACAUCGAGGAGACGCUGACCCGCUUUGAGACGAUCCGAAAGGCUGAAGAAGCUGAGACGAUACGUGCCUAUGAUGAGGCCAAGCAGCAAGCCUUGCUGCGGAAGGCGGACCUGCCAAGCAAGCCUCGUAUGAAAGUGACCAAAUUCCGCUAUGUUCAUUGCGUCUCGAUAUUGAAAACAAGCAAGCGCUUUAUGCACGCUGUCAUGCUGGAAAGGAUACCACAACUAAAGCCGAAUCCCGCUCGAAAGCGCCAACGUCGCUCGAAGCAUUCUUGUGAUGCUGAGAACGCUGUCGAAGCAACAAAAGAUUGUGAUGAAAGUUCGGAUUGGCACGGUAAGUCCCCUACGCAGCACAAGCCGCCGCUGAAGCACGGCAAGGAUAGCGACGCAUCGUCUGGUGCUUCAAGUUUGGCUCCCGACUCGUCUUCUUCAAACAUACCUCGUGGCGAAUCCAAUGGCGAAAAGACGUCCGUGGCUGAUGUACAAGAUGUUGCAGCUGCAGCACCGACACCGUCCUUAGCAUCAUCUGAUGUACGAGGGUUUGGCAUACCUCGUGUCGAUGACGGCAGAACCUCGUCGGCCGAAGCAUCGAUGCUCCGAUCACAGCGCACACAGCAGAAGGCCAACUACCGUCUCAAGCUCCUCACAGAGCUGCGAGGUAUCGUGGAAACCAUGUCACACCUCGCCAAUCAGAUCGCGAAUGGGACGGCCGAACCGAUACGCAUGCCAGCUGGCAGCCGCUUGGAUCCGACACUGGCGGAGGAGGUGCAACAAGAUCUGCACUUCUUCCGAGAGCAGAAAUAUCGUUUGAAGCAAGAGCUGGAGGCGCUCGAUGACAUAGGAGGUCGAACACGUGUUGGUAGUUAA